UGAUUCUAGCUUGUUUCCUUCUUCACAACUGAGAUUUUCCAUCUCCUCCCUCCCCCAAAACCAUCCCUUUAUCUACUGGUCUCUUCUCUUCUCCUCUCUUCUCUAUAACCAGAAAAAGAAAGAGACUGUGAGUGAGAAAAUACACAGAGAUCCAAUGGAGUAUGAGAGGAUUAACAAAGUACAGACUGGGAUAAUUUCUCCAAGUAAAUUGAGGCUGAAACUAAUUGGAAGUCCUAACAAAAGAAAAGAUGGUUCAAAAUCAAACACUAACUCUGCUAGAACAUCUCCGGCCAAGCUUCAUGAUGCCGAAUUCGUCAAAAACAGCUUAUUAGCUGAUGAUUAUGGAGUAGAUUCCGUGGAUGAAGGUGGUUCAAACUCGAAAGAUAGUGAAGGAGCAUCUUCAUUGCAAAUUACAGCUCCAAGCAUAGAAACUUCAACUCCUAGCUCGAGUUCAUCGGUGAAGUUAUCAGCUGAGAGCCGCGGAAAAAGUAACCAAUUUUCAAGGGUUAGUGGUGGAAACAAUUUGAGUACAGUUCAUCCAGUGAGAACUCCUGAAGAAGAUAAUCUUGACUAUGAUAGCAAUGCUAGUUCGUCAAGUUUUGAGUUUCACAAUGGUCAAAGAUCCCACCAAAAUCAUGUCUCUCGAACCUUCUCUCGACCAGUUCCUUGUAAAUGGAAUGAUGCAGAGAAAUGGAUAAUGAAUAGACAGAAUGGACAGCCAAAGCAAUCCAAGAAAAACAACUUGCAGAGUCAAGCAAAUCGGCAAUACAGAACGGCGGGGCCUGAGAGUGGGAAUUCAACUACUAAGAUGAUUCUGGGAUUAGACAAAUUCUCCUUCCCUCAUCCCGGGACUGCUCCAUCUUCCAAGGCUAAUGGCUCAGUAGAUCUUCACCUUCAUCCCCAGAGUAAAGAUCUGAAAGAGGUGGAACCCAAUGUGUCAUCUAGUACUGAGAAGCACGCUGUCAAUCCCCCAUUUGCAACCAUAAGAUCAGUGUCAAUGAGAGAUAUGGGAACGGAGAUGACGCCUGUUCCAAGCCAAGAGCCUUCAAGAACUGGAACCCCUGUUGGGGCGACAACCCCACUGCGGAGCCCGACUUCUUCAAUGCCAUCAACCCCUAGGCAAGGUGAACCAACAUCCACUCCUGUGGAGGCGACGAGUGAUGAUGAAUCAAACCCGCGGAAACAAAGCACCCAUAAGAAUUUAUCUGAACGAGAAUUGCAUCUUAAAACAAGGAAAGAGAUUGUUGCACUUGGUGUUCAACUUGGUAAGAUGAAUAUCGCAGCUUGGGCUAGUAAAGAGGAGAAGGAAAAGAGUGCUUCGACAAAAGAACAAAUUGAGAAAGAGGAACUUGAAAGGAUCGAAUUUGAAAACCGUGCAGCUGCAUGGGAGGAAGCUGAAAAAUCAAAACACGCUGCAAGGUAUAGGCGUGAAGACAUCAAAAUUCAGGCUUGGGAAAGUCAUUGUAAAGCAAAACUAGAAGAGGAGCUGAGAAGAACAGAGGCUCAAGCAGAAAAAAUAAGAGCAAAUGCAGAAGAAAAGAUGAAAAAGAAAAUUGCAACGACAAAACAGCGAUCAGAAGAAAAACUAGCAGCUGCAGAAGCACUAAGGAAUCGGCAGGCAGCCAAAGCAUCUGCACAAGCAGAGUAUAUUCGUCAAACUGGGCGGAUUCCACCAUCCCGUUUCAGGUGUUGUACUUGGAUAUCAUAAACAUACACGGUAUCCUCAUUUUUCACACAAGUAUUUGCCUCGUCAGAUAAUUUUGGAAUGGAUGCUUUGUAUGUUGUACAUGAAAAAUGUAAUAGAGGAAUAUUUGAUCCUGGAAUAAGAGAUCGAUGAGAAUCUCGCCAACUCUUAUGCUAGAUAAAAAUCAUUAUGUUCUGCAAUGAAUAGUCUAAUCGAUGUACAAAGCGUUGAAUGAAAUGUAUUGUUCCUUUAAUCUUGUACUAUUAUUUUUAUUGUGACAAUGAAAAAUGCAUUGGUACCA